AUGCCUCCGAAGAAGAAACGUACCCCCAAGGCCAGGAAGACAGAGCUGGUAUUCCUUGAGAGGCCGCGAGAGGGACCCAUCCAUUGCUAUGAAACGCUGCUACCUUCGGCCGAGAAUCCAAGACGUGUUCCUACAAAACCUGUAGACCAGAGCACCUCUGCUGCCUGGGUGUGCCCACAAUUUGAAACAACUAAGUCAGUGGUGUUGAAAGCAUGCCAGAAGAAGCAUCAUGGUCCUCCCAAACCCCAGAAUCAGGGUGCCAACCACAGUAUGCUUCAUGCAGGAGGAGCGUGUCGAAAAGCUACAGCCUGCAAAUGGCCUCCUUUAACUUUUGAGAAUCCAGAGGGAUAUGCAGUCCAUCCCUCGGAUCAUCCAAAUCGCUCAAGAAAGAGCGUGCAGCACUCUCACAGCCAGUCCAAGAAAGGGACAGCAACAAAAGGCAACAUACAGGUGAACAGUCCAGAGAACUGUAGAGAAACACCUUUGUUACCCGCUCCCCAGCCUGCGGAGCCAGAAGUCUUUAGUCCAUCAGAUGUACAGACUCCAGAGGUGCCUUCCAUUAUGAACUGGAAAUGCAGUAGCACUCCGCCACAAAGAAGUGGCCAUACCUGGCAUCGAGAAAAAGAGCUGGCAUUUGGCAUUGAUCCCUGUGGGAGCGGGGAGUCAGCAGCAGUACUGGUUACAGAUACUCCUGAGCAUCAGUAUGGAGUAAAGGUUACUUGGAGGCGGCGGCCUCAUCUAAUGAAAUACCUACAGGAGAAAGGAAAGCUGAGUGCUGCUGACAUACUGGUGAAGGUGAACCCCAAGCUCAAGGAAACAGGCCAAUGUCUGACUUGGUGGGAGCAGUAA